AGCAGGAGCAGCAGGAGCAGGAGGGAGGCUGCUGGCUGCGGCAGAUGUGCCUGGGGGUCACCGCGCAGCUGGGACUAUGGUGAAAUUUCCAGCGCUCACUCACUACUGGCCCCUCAUCCGCUUCCUCGUCCCCCUGGGCAUCACCAACAUAGCCAUCGAUUUCGGGGAGCAGGCCUUGAACAGGGGUAUUGCCGCAGUAAAGGAAGAUGCUGUUGAAAUGCUGGCCAGCUAUGGGCUGGCGUACUCCCUGAUGAAAUUCUUCACGGGGCCUAUGAGCGAUUUCAAGAACGUGGGGCUGGUAUUUGUGAACAGCAAACGAGACAGGACUAAAGCUGUCCUUUGCAUGGUAGUGGCCGGUGCCAUCGCUGCUAUCUUCCACACACUGAUAGCUUAUAGCGAUUUGGGCUACUAUAUUAUUAACAAACUGCACCAUGUGGAUGAGUCGGUGGGAAGUAAAACCCGAAGGGCCUUCCUUUAUCUCGCUGCCUUCCCUUUUAUGGAUGCCAUGGCCUGGACACAUGCUGGCAUUCUGUUGAAACACAAAUACAGCUUUCUGGUGGGAUGUGCCUCUAUUUCCGAUGUCAUAGCUCAGGUUGUUUUUGUAGCCAUUUUGCUUCAUAGUCACCUGGAAUGCAGAGAGCCUCUUCUUAUCCCAAUCCUUUCCUUGUACAUGGGAGCCCUCGUCCGCUGCACCACUCUAUGCCUGGGUUACUACAGGAAUAUUCACGAUAUCAUUCCGGACAGAAGUGGACCUGAACUUGGGGGCGAUGCUACAAUAAGGAAGAUGUUGGGCUUCUGGUGGCCUCUAGCAUUGAUUUUGGCAACUCAGAGAAUCAGCAGACCCAUCGUCAACCUCUUUGUUUCCCGAGACCUGGGCGGCAGUUCUGCAGCUACAGAGGCCGUGGCAAUUUUGACAGCCACCUACCCAGUGGGACACAUGCCGUAUGGCUGGUUGACGGAAAUCAGAGCAGUCUAUCCUGCUUUUGACAAGAAUAACCCCAGCAAUAAACUGGUGAGCACAACGAAUACUGUAACCGCGGCACAUAUCAAGAAAUUUACUUUUGUCUGCAUGGCGUUAUCCCUAACGCUCUGUUUUGUAAUGUUCUGGACACCCAACGUUUCAGAGAAGAUUUUAAUUGACAUCAUUGGAGUAGACUUCGCCUUUGCAGAACUCUGUGUCAUUCCUUUGCGCAUCUUCUCCUUCUUCCCAGUCCCAGUCACAGUGAGAGCACAUUUGACAGGGUGGCUGAUGACCUUGAAGAAGACAUUCGUGCUAGCCCCCAGCUCCGUGCUGCGCAUUAUCGUGCUCAUCACCAGCCUCGUCGUGCUGCCUUAUAUGGGGGUUCACGGAGCUACGUUAGGAGUAGGAUCCCUCCUAGCAGGCUUUGUGGGAGAAUCCACCAUGGUCGCGAUAGCCGCCUGCUACGUCUAUCGGAAACAGAAAAAGAAGAAUGAGAACGGGUCAGCAACCGAAGGUGAGGACUCGGCCAUGACUGACAUGCCAGCAACAGAGGAAGUCACGGACAUCGGAGAAAUGAGAGAAGAGAAUGAAUAGUGAUCCAGGAGGUUAUCGUUCUCCCCAGGGACAGUCGGAAUGACACUUUGGCAUCUUUUCUUCUCUCAUCUUUUUUUGGGUUUUUUUUUUUUGUUUUUUUAAUGAAGAGGCCUUGAUUGAAAAGGUUUCAGAUAAAUUUUCUAGCAUACUGGGUAUGCUCACAUUGAUGAGAGACCUAAAGAAAGGUCUUUUGCUUUUGCUUUUUUUCUUUUUUAAAUUGAAUUUUGUCAUCUUGCUCCACAAAACACAAGAGACGGCUGCAGCCCAGGAGAGGUUGUCUCCAUUAUUUAAGCCUGCCACCUUCCACUGGACAAUCUGCACCUGUCUGUCUGUCUCUGUGCCAUUGGCUCUGCUGCCGUUCUUUACUCUGCACACUCACCCUCUCAGCCUUCCUUCUUAGGGUUGAAAGACCAACAAUGCAGCGACAUAAAAACAUAGCUUUCUUGUGCGAAAUAACAGCUGUGUGAACAGAUAUAACCCUGGUGGUCAAUUGUUUUUCUUCACUUAUGGAGUUAUAACCUGGAUGUUAUUAAAAUACGCAAAGAUCUUAGCAGUCCAAACAGAGGAAGAGAACUGUGAAUGGGCAGCACGGAAACACGGAGUUUAUUUCCCUUGGAGUGAGGUUGGUGAACUCGACCGAUAUCAUACGAUUCAAUUAUUUUCUCAUUUUACUUCGUAAAAUUUGAGGACAGUGUUAUAAUAGCCCAGUGUAGAUCUUGUUUUAGAGUUGUCAUCACAUGACACAGUCAGCUUUCAAAGUCCUCACUGUGCAUGCCAUUUGCUGCAGAACAAUGUCUUCUUUUCUGAAAAUGGCACUAGCUAAUAAUAGAUUGGAGUAGUCUAACAUUCUCUGUUUGUCUCUUAAAAACUAAAACUUUACCAAAGUUCUAAUCCAACGUUCUCAUGCCAGAUCGGUGAAUUACUACUUGUUAAAGUAUAGUUAGGGUAUAAAGACUUCUGCCUUUCUUCUAAUGCUACAGUACAUCCCAAGAGUAUCACACAAUAAAACAACCGGACACUUUAUGCAGUACAUCCAAAUCACUUUUAAAUCUUCCCUGAAAUUAGGCAUUUGAAAUCUAUUUUUCUAAGUUUGGGCAGUGAUUUUUUUUUCCAUAUGAAACUAUGAAUAAGUUUAGUUCACAAAAUUCUUGACUACAUCUUGACUGAAAAAGAAAAAUUUUAUUUUAAAUAUAUAUAUAUAUAUAUACUGUAUGUGUGAUAAUUUAUUUUUAGGCUACAAUACUUUGCCUACUUUUGCAAUUUCAACAAAGCAUCUCUAAUACAAUAUCCUGUGUGUGGAACAUACCCACAGAAAAAAGUAUUGGCAGUGAACAUUCUCCUCUGAGUUUGUUCGCUUGAUCAAUUGUACAAUGGCAAUGAGAGUUUUUCAAGCCACCAGUUUUCCCUUUACUAAGAAAACAAUGGGAAGGAAAAAGUGAACUCAUAGUUUAGGUUUCAAGGUCACCAGACAUUUACCACCUUUCCUCUUAGAAAAGGUCAUAGACAAAGUGGGCUUUAUGCAGAGGUGGUGUUGACAUUCAAAUCCCUGCUUUCAUCUUCAUGCACAAGUAUGCCUAUAUGGAGUCGAGACAUGCUUAAAUAUACCCUUAAACACACACUAGAAGCCCGAGUUCAUCAUAUUUUCUUUCUCCACUCCUGUUAGGAAAUUUCCACUGUACAGCUUCCUGACAAUAGUAGGCUUGGAAUGAGGGGGGAAAAUGUUCCACUCAGUUUUUUUUUCUUCCCCCACGUAGGAUUUGAAAAUGAAAGCAGCAGUAUUCUUAAUAGUGUGUGUGUGUUGGGGGGGCAGAGCUAAAAUAAAAAUUUAAAUAAAAACAUCUAAUUACUUAGAGCAAAUACCAACAUUGGAAUGCUUUGUGAACCACUGGAAAGUAAAAUUCUUAAUACAUUAUAUCUUCUGUUUUAAGACAGGAAAGAGGUGGGUGUGUUACAUGACACCACUGUUUUGUUAAACCAGGACCAACAGUCCUUCUUUAACUUCCUGGGCAGCAACCCUUUUCCAUCUUGGGACAGUCUGCAUCUUUCUUUCCCAGGUGGGACCUCCAGCAGGCCCGACCUGAGUGCUAGUCCACAUCCCCUGUGCCGAAAUGACAACUGGCUGGCUCACUGCUGCUGCUUUGGGAACUUGAAAACCUCUUUACUGUCAAGGAGAAAACGGGCAGAGAAAGCCAGAAUGGCCUUUACUUGCUACACCAGUAAAGUGGGCCUGCCGUUGGCCCCAGGCCCCCGCCCCCCAGCCUCCUGAUGCAGACUCUGCCGGCCUUGCUGUUUCUGAGCCACAUCUAGCUGGUGCCCCUAGGCUGCUGAACUGCCCCACCUGGGAUUUUCUCUGCCAGGGUCAGCAGCCCUCGGGGUGGGUCUCAGAGGAUCCACUCUCAUGCCAGGGUUCAAGAUGUGAAACGAUGGCGCAGGGCAACGCUCUGUUAGAACAGGAAUUGAAUUCUACUGGAGACACCCCCUCGGGCCUACUCUGCUAGGCCCCAGCAGGCAACAGCAAAGCCCUGUGAGCUUUCUAAAAUAUGGGAUUAUCAACUACAGCAUUAAUGGGGCUUACCUCACUGGUGGUUUUUGCUUUUUGAUCCCCAUCACUUCUCUCCUUGAGGCAUCAUGUAGUUCUCUGUUCUUCCUAUUAAGAAAAGUAAAAAAAAAAAUAGAAAAGUUGCUUUCAUGUUUACUGAAUACCUAGAAAUACAGUUGUUAUAAAAAAAAAUCUGACUAGCGCUUCUCUGGAUGGGUCUUUUUCCCCCUUUAGUUUCACUCUGUCUGGGAAUAAGUGGGGUGGAAAUGUGUUGAAAAAUGGAAGAUAUAUUUAUAUGAUUGAAAGUUUAAAAAUGUUGAUUUUAGAAAUAUUUUUAUUGUAUUUAAGAACCUUUCAACCUAGUAGGUGGAUGUUCGGGGCAGACUGUGUUUGUUUAUAUCGGUUGGGCGGAGGGCGAGCUGGUCUCUCGACAACACCACGACCGUCCCAGUGAGAAGGUUGUGUCCCAUGAGGGUUUUGGUGUAAAACUUUGGAGGACCAAAGUUUUGACAAAAUGGGGGCCCUCGGGAAGAGGAGAAGGUACUCUUUUAAAGCCCCAGAGUUGCGUAGGUAUUGAAAUACCUGCACUGCACUUUCAGCUAACUUCUUAAAUCCAGAUAAAAUGAUACCUGCUUUUUACAUAGAGCAAUUGCUCCGUCAUUUCUCCUUGUAGCUCAUACUCCAACGACUGAUCAGCUGGAGGCACUGUCUGGUAAACACGGUUAGCCAAUUGUUCUGUGUGCUUCUCUUGCCUCCAUUUCUGUUCCUUGCUGCAAAAAUGUGGAAGGCAUGAGUUGAUGCAACAAGCUGAAUAACAGAGAGAGGUUUUUCCAAAUGUCUUGCACAUCUUUGGAUUUUUCUUUUUAAAGCGGGAUGACUGAUAACAUUUCUUAUUUUUGAGUUUACUAUAGGAGGGAACAGAACUCGCUCUCUACUUGGAGCAGCGGGAAUGAAAACCGUGGGUCGUUUGGUCUCUGAUCAAAUGGGGGGAAAAAUAGGUGACGAGGAGAAUCAUCUUACCUUUUAAACAAAGAUGAGCCUCUUGCAGUAGAGAUGAAUUUAGGACUGUUUUGCUAUCGUUUCCUUUAAGGACUACACAAAGAACAGGGAUAAAUUUUUAAAAGAAUGCUUCUUUUGGGGGAACUGCAGCCAUUUUCUCCUAUGAGAUUUUUUUCAACUGAAAGACUUUCUGCCUCCUUUUCAAACUCCAACGCGCAUUUUCAUAGCUGGCUCCAACUACAUGUGGACUCGUGCGGCACUUUUUACUGUACUGAGCAACUUUUAUGUAGCUAAAAUUCAAAGUGCACUUUGCUAUGAUGAGAUUUGACAUCAGCUUGCUGCAAUAUUUGUUCAGAUUAAAGCGCACAAGAAUGAAGAAGGUAAUCUCCCUUUGAACUUAAAAGAAAAAGCAAGAACGCAGGUGAAAUCAGUUCACCCACAGCCUCACGGCAAACUCAGUGGAGUGAGAGAGAAUGUGCUGAAGCGAAGGGCCAGAGGACAUCUCCCCAACUGGGGACCCCGGGAGCAAUUCAGCAGGUCUACCUGUGGAUGGCCAAGGACCGCUGGAUGAGCGCAAAGGAAGUGGUGCCUGGGAGUCUUGUUUGGAGAGACAGAGUCAAUUCUCCCUGGGGAACUCUUGAGUGUGAGGACCCAGAAAUUUCCAUCACUUAUUUUAACAGAAUACAGAAAAAUCUCGAGAUGAACCUGCUUCUGAAGGCAGGGUUAAAGUGUCCCUCGAUCCAUCCCGGAACACCAUGCUCUGGACCGCUGGUCGAAAGGGCGACCGCUCCGCUUCACCCCCUGCCGGAGGGCUCUUCCUGCCCACGGCUCACUGGUUUCCUAAGCAUUCUCCUGGAUGUUCUAGUCCCUUCGAUACAGUUUCCAGGAGCUCCAUCUGGGGAGGUGGGCAGAGAACCGUAGGAGCUGGCGGCAGCAUCAGCCUAUGAAAAUGAGAGCUGAGAUAAAAAGUGGCAUUUUUCUGAGUUAGAAACCCUUAACUAUUUUUUUCAAAGGUAAUAUCCAAAGAGUGAGCGCCCAAUACUAGAGGGCUGUGUCCCAGAGGACUCAGAAUGGGGUCGAGGGAUCCUAGACUUUUUUUCUUUUUUUUAAAGAAUUACCUCAUUCGUCAUAGCUCACGUACCGCAUUAGCAGAACGCCGCUUUUUUUUCUUUAUCAUAACAGGUACGUCAGGAGUCUGUUCAGUACAUGCGAUGUAGCUGACCAUUUGUUUAUGAACUUUGGUUUCACUUCCGAGGUUGGCUUUAAUUUAAACAGAUGAAACCGCUCAUUAAAAAUGUUUGUGCAGCCUUUGUUUAUGAAAUGACUGCAGAGGUCAGUAUAAAGCAUAUAUUGCAUUAAAAUGAGUGCUGUUUAUGUAUUUAACAGAGAUGUAAGUUUUGGCAUUGUUAAGAAAAUUUAUCUAUGCUUUCCUCUUUUUGGGAUUUGUGCUCAUCAGCUAUUGUCAGAUGCUUUCAUACUCUGAUUUUCCUUUAAGUAAAGCUCAAACAGUUUGCAUACGA